AUGUCUUCAGCAGCACCCCUAGUCCAUCAGUCAGUUCCACAGUCGCGCCUAAGCUUCGAACAAUUGCUUCUAAUCAUCGGUUACCUUCUUACGACCUACGAUGUGCCAUACAAACUUCAUAAUUCGAACCAGAUACGUGAUAUCCUUCGUCGUCCGGAAGUCGAGUGGCAACCAAGAAUCGGGACUGAACUGUACGGGAACCUUAAAAGAAGGAUUUGGGAUCGACAGAAUAUUGAGGCAUGGGAUAUCCUCUGCAGAGCAGUUACCAAAGUCCAUGAAGGGAGGUUAACAAAGAGGGAUGCGCGAGACAAAUUGCGAUGGUUGCUGUGGAGGCUUCAGCAGAUUUCAAAGGACGCAAUUGAUGAGUUUGUUCUGGGAGAUAGACCUCAAGAGGGACCACAGCUUGGAUGGAGGUUCAAUAUCACCCUGCUCGGUAUCAGUGUCGCGGUGCUUCCCUUUGAACCUGUUCUUCCCAAUGACUUGACGUCCCUAACACCCGAUCAACUCGAAACCAUGGAAAGGAAUCUGAAUAGCUCAGAUCUCUUCCGAGAUGAUCCGCUUGAUAGGAGGCGCCUUGAAACUACCCUUGAAUCGAUUUGGGACAUCCUCCAAGAUUCAAAACGACUUCAAUUCAUUCUAAGUGGCUCUGAGCCCCUGCCUCACGAAGAGGCUGGCAGUCAUUCGCACUUCCAUCCCAUAGGUCAUCGUGGUUCGCAGCCUGCGUAUGAGGUGCCAAAGGCCAGCAACAAUGUUGAAUGCGGAUCCAGUCACACAUGGUUGGCGGCCCAUGUGGAUCAUCAGGACACUAUGAGCGGAGAUACUCAGUUCAAGUUGGCAUUAGACCAUUUCCAUGAAUAUCGACUACAACCGGAGGCCAUACAGUAUCAGGUUGAGAUUCAGCGGAGACUAAGUGACCUAGAGAGUGACGUUCAACUCAUUAAGAACAAACUGGGGAUGUAA